CACGAACAAACAAUUGGAUUCUAAUCACUUACGAAAUUCCACUUAUUUUAAUUAUAUAUUUCUUUGUUGUCCUAUAUUGGGAUCCUCGAUUUAUAAUUUUCGAUUUAUGAAAAAUAAACCGCUUUAUUCUUUAAAAUUAUUUAUAAAGAUUUACAACAUUUGCCAAAUCUUAGUUAACGCUUUGAUAGUACGAGAAAGUAUAGCCGCUGGAUGGUUGAAAGAUUUACCGAUAACUUGUCUAUCUAUUACUUAUUCCUACGAACCACGUUAUUACAAGAUUUAUAGAGAUAUACUAUAUGUAUAUAUAUGAAGAAUGAAGAUACUCUCAAAAAAGAUUUUCAUUCUCUAUCGAAUGGUACUGAGCGUAUGCAACACUUUUUUAACAUCCUGUAUAUGUUGUUCGCGGACUUGAAAGCAGCCUUCGAUAAGGUGGAUAGAAGGAGGCUGUGGGAGAGUAUGAGAAGAAAGGAAAUGACGGAACAUUUAAUAAGAAGAAUGAAGAGGAUAUAUGAAGAGACAGAAGUGACAGUGAGAACGCAACAGGGAUACACGAACAGUUUCAAGACAACAAAAGCGGACAUAGAUAAAAUUAUGGAGGACAGAAAUAUAGGAGGCGUUAAGAUAGGCAAAAUUAGGAUUUGGAACCUGGCGUAUGCAGAUGAUAUAGUUUUAUUAGCAAAUAAUAGAGAUGCGAUGCAAGAUAUGAUGAGCGUAUUCAGACGCUUUUUAAAAGAUAUAAAGUUAGAGUUAAGUGCGGACAAAACAAAGAUGAUGGUUAACAGAAAAAGAAAGGAAAAGAAAGAAAAAUGGAAAUGGGGAGGAAAGGAAAUUGAAGAGGUACAAGAAUUUAAAUAUCUUGGUUUUGUGUUAAGUAAUAAAGUCCAGAGUGUAAUGGCGUUUGGGGUAGAAAUAUGGAAGUGGGAAGAGAAAGAGAAUUUAGAAAAGAUAAUGAUGGACUAUACAAGAUGGAUUUUCGGUUUAGAGUUUUGCACAUCUAGAUACAUAAUUGCUAGAGAACUGAUGAUGGAUAAGUUGAGAGUAGGAUGGGGAAUUAGAGCAAGGAGAUACAAAGUAAAGAUAAAGGAAGGGAGAGCAGGCAAAAUUGCGAAAGAAUGUUGGA